AUGGGCAGGAGAGGCGACCGACUCCAGAGGCAGAGCUGGCUAAGCUGUGGAGAUUCCGGGGCCGCAGUUGUGGGGGAUUUUCGUGGAGCCUGUAAGAUUGUCCCUGACUGCCUGGGGUUCUGGAAACGAGCGAAACGAGGAAACAAGCCAACGAGCCAACGAGGAAACCCGCCAAACGACCCGACUUCUAGCGAGCCCGAGCACCGAUGCAUUAGAUGCACUAGCCCAGCCCGCGCAUCAUUAUUCUUCGCAUUCUUCAUCUGCAUAAGCUCCCCAACCGGAACUGAGUCCUCCGCCAACGGCGUACUGCAUGAGAAUCAUGUGUUCACGGUCGCCAACCUGUCAGAAUACCCCAGAUUUUCGCUCCGACUGGUUGUGCGGCCAGAAUAUCUGUCAAGCUCAUCUCCCAAGGCUUUACAAACAGCGUUCAUCCCCGUUGCCAUUGACGAGCCCGCUGAUCAGGCCUCCUGGUACCACUUGGGCCACUUGGUACCGACUAGGUACAGCCUAAGGACAGCACCCCACGCUAUGACGUCGAGGCUGGAGCCGUGCCCUGUGCGCUGCAGAUGCCUAUUGCCCAUCUUCGGACUUUCGCCCGACUUCGUCGUUUUCUCCUCCUGGGGAAGGCUAAUAUAUCCCGGAGUAGACCACGGCUCGAUGCUACGUGAGGCCCUGGCGGGAAAACUCCGGCAACAGCAGACACUUGAGUUAUUUUCCUUUUUGCUUCCUUUUUUCUCUAUUUUCGCUGUAUUUAACAAGGCAAGUGCUGCAGACUUGCCAUCGCACCGUCGAUCCCGCUGCAGAGGUACAGACUACUCAAGACUACUCAAGGCUACUCGAGGCUACCCAAGGCUACUCAAAGACUAUUCUGGGUACUGA